UUCUUCCUUGAUUGCCAAGCUUUGUUAAAUCUCCAAGUCAAGGCUGUUCUCGCGGUGGAGCUUUUCCUUCCCGGCUGAGGAAAAAUGUCCAGUUCGAUUCAGAAUGAAUUGCAAUCAGAGCAAAACAACUCCGAAGCAACGAGUAUCGAAACCAUCGAGCCACCUGCAGAUAUCAUAACUAGAACUAUUGUCGAAAGCACUGCACGUUCUGUUUCCAAAAACGGCUUGGAGCUUGAGAGAAAGAUCAUUGCCUCUUCAACUGAUCCAAGAUUCAACUUCUUGAGGAACACGGAAGAUCCUUGUCACCGAUAUUACAAGCACAAGCUUGCUGAAUACUCUGCUCAGAAUCAAGAUGAUUCUACAAAUGAACCAAACAUCAAAAUCUUUCACGCACCUAAAGAUGUACCAACUACAAGUAUUGUCGAUACAGCAGCGCGUUUGGUUUCCAAAUUUGGGUUGGAGUUUGAGAUGAUGGUUAAGGACUCUAAUACAGAUGAUGAAAGAUUCAACUUCUUGAAAAGCUCUGAACAUCCUUAUCACGCAUUGUACAAGCAAAAGCUUGAUGAAUACGCAUCAGAUCCUCGUGACGAAUAUUAUCAGCGCAAGAUUGCUGAAUGCUACGUUCAGAAUCGAAAGGGAGCUACUGAUGUUUCAUAUCCUAUGGAUAUCAAAAUCUUUCAUGCCCCUCCAGAUGCCCAAACUGCAGCCAUUGUAGACAGAGUGGCAUUUCUGGUUUCCAAAUAUGGGUGGCAGUUUAAGAUGAUGGUCAUGGCCUCUAAUACAAAUGAUGCAAGAUUCGACUUUCUUAUGAGCUCACCAGAUGUUGACCUUGCUCAAGAUUAUUACCAGAAUAGGCUUGGUGCAUACUGUCAUCAGAAUCAUGAUAAAGUUCCUCAUCUUGUGCCGCCCUAUACUCAUUCUCAGUCUAGGGUUCAGUCUCAAAGACUUGUUCUGCCUAAUUUUCUAGAUUGUAGAGUUCUUGAAGGGAUGACGCUCGAGGAGCUUGAUACCGUUAAGGUCACAGGGCAGUUUGUGGCGUGGUAUGGGGAUGUUUUUCGUGGGAAACUGAUGGAAAGAGUGAUGAUGAACCAUCAGUUUGAGUUUAUGAAGCAAACUGAUUACAGGUUCUCUUUCUUCAACGAGUUUGUUGUUGGGUAUUCGCAAGUAUUAAAUCCUCCCAAAUAUUUGAAAGAUAAGCUGAAUAACAAUGCCGCCUAUAUGACCGCCAUUCUUGAGGCUUUUCUCGAACGUAUUCUAUGGGAUCAUGUUCAGGAGCUUAAAUGGCUUGAUGGAGGGGAGAGGUCUAUGAUUGAGUGGCAUAAUUCUGUGUCCAAAGAUUUUGUGGAGGAUCUAGAGUUGCUACCACUUCCUCCAACAAAGAGACCAGAGUUGGAUGAGUCAGCCCUUGUUCCACUUGAGCCAGAAGACCAGUUUCUUGCACAACAUGAAUGUUUGUCUAGUAUUAACAUAAUCAGGGUGAUUUGCGUUCCCGAUGGGCGAGUAAUAAAGAUCAGAGUGGAGUCAUUGUCUGAAAACGUAGCAAGUUUAAAGGAGAAAAUAGCUGAGGUCGUCCAGAUUCCAGCUAACAAACACAUGUUGAGUGGAUGCAGAGCGGUUUUAGAGGACAAUAAUAGGUCACUUGCUUAUUACAAUGUGGCAGCAGGAGAGAUCCUAAAACUAGACGUGGUCUGACACAAAGGAAAUGCUUUUCAAUCUCUGAAUACUCUCUUUAAGAAUAUCUCUACUGAUACAAGAGAAUGACUAUUGUUACUUAUAAUUGACUUAAGUUUGUUUUAUCUUGGCAGCUACUUCUUAUGGUUCAUGGUGAAGCUCUUUCAGAGCAGUUUGGUUUCUCUUCUAAAGUUUUCAACAAGUAAACAUAUUGUAGUGAUUUGACUUGUAAAAUAUCAAUAAGGAUGUUAUAUCUCA